CUCGACCAGCAACUUCAGCCUCUCUCGACUUUCUUUUCUUUCUCCUUCCUAUUAACUCUUGCUCUUUGCACUUCAGCUUCAGUUUAAACCAUGUCUCACUCAACCCAACCUCCUUCAAUACUCUGUCCACUCCCAAGGAGAACUCACUCAAAUCCAAUCUACAACCACAACAACCACAGAAACAACAACCGAACCAAGAAACUCGAACAAGAACUAACCUCCUCAGAUGAUGUUCUGUCUGAAUUUCUGUCUCUCUUCACCCCAGCCUCAGAAGCGAAUCGACAAUCGAUUCUCAUCUACCAAAACCAUCUCGACUCAUCAAUCCAACCAACCAACGGCCAAUCAUCAAACCAAUCCAGUCAACCUACCUCACCCAUCAGAACUACCACCUCAACCCCUCUAUCAUCCUCAUCAUCCUCAUCACCACCACCACCACCACCACUCCUACCACCACCACCACCAUCAUCAUCAUCAUCAUCAUCAUCAUUUAAACCGAAUCAGAAUCAUCUCCCACAACCAACUGAAGAUCUUGAUCUCCCUCCUCAGAUCGGCUUAACGGUGAUCCCUAAUCAUCUCAGUUCGAUUGUCUCCUCACCGAUCUCGAGAUGUCAUAACCCGCUGCCUCGUCAUGCCGAGUUGGAUGUUCUGGCUUCCCGUCUCACCAAGCCAUUCGAAUCAUUCGAACUCCACCAAGAUCACCAUCCUCAUCAUCAUCUCAGCUUGGACGCCAAAGACGGACAACGAGCUGCCAUAGACGAGGAUGCUCAAUCCGAUCAUCCGCUUGCUACUUUGAUGCCUGCUUUGACCUUAGAACCAUCUGUCCCUGCGCUCGAUGAUCCGCCAACCAAGUCUGUUGUCUGAAACCAUUCACCCCCAACUAAUUUUGAGCUAUUAUAACUAUAUAUAUACUCUUGCUCCCUCCCUUCCUUGUAAUACUCUCCUAUCUGCUUAAACACGCACUCUCCCUAUCAAUCGCAGGCUGUCUCAGAUAUUCCGUGUCUACAUGCACUUCUACAUAUAUCCUUAUAUAUACAUAUAUGUAUUCCUGACUAUCGUUCACAUUAGACAGCUCCGAAUAUCAUAACAGUUCAAUUUGCAAUCGCGUAGCAUAGAUAUAUGUAGUAGCUCCCACCUUUUUCUGUAUCCGGUCCUUUCUCACUCUCUUCGCUCACCUAGGCCUUUAUUUUUCUUACCUUUAUUUUUCUUGAGUUCUUCCUCCUUGGCUGAUCCUGAUCCACUAUUCUUAUUCAUUUCAUCAUAUCUUUGUCUGGUUUGUUGAUCCCCCUGCUUGAAAGAGAUUUCUACAAAGAAGAAAUUAAUUUGGUCCUUUCCUUGCCUUUGUGCAUAUAAUAAAUACUAGAAUGUUGACACUAUGAGUCACCUUGACAUAGC